CCACACAUUGUUUGACGGUCUCGGUCGCUGUUUCUGGGAAGCAGCAAACAAGGAAACAAAAAACAUUUUCAUCUCCAUCGCUUCCACUCCUCUCCCUAUAUAUAUGCAUGUUCUAUUCCACCCUGCUCCCAUCAAACACACCAUAAAAAAGGAAAAACAAAGAAAAGGAUCAAAACCUUCCUCCUUCUGUCCCUUACAACCUCAAACUUUCCGACCAUGGACAAUAUGGGUGGGGAUUACAACCAUUUCUGGGACACCUUCUUCCAAAACCAAGACCUCGAUAGCUGGGCGAUGGAUGAGGCGGCGAUGUCCGGGUACUAUGAUUCGAGCUCUCCGGACGGUGGUGCUUCAUCGGUGGCAUCAAAGAACAUUGUUUCGGAGAGGAAUAGGAGGAAGAAGCUGAACGAAAGGCUCUUUGCGCUCAGAGCAGUGGUCCCCAACAUCAGUAAGAUGGACAAGGCUUCUAUCAUUAAGGAUGCUAUUGAAUACAUCCAGCACUUGCAUGAGCAAGAGAAGAGAAUCGAAGCAGAGAUUUUGGAUCUGGAAUCUGGGAAGCUCAAGAACCCAACCUAUGAAUUUGAGCACGACUUGCCUAUUCUCCUCAGGUCUAAGAAGAAGAGAACGGAACAGCUAUUUGAUUCUGCCACUUCAAGAAAUUCCCCAAUUCAACUAAUUGAGCUGAGGGUUGCAUACAUGGGAGAUAAGACGUUUGUGGUGAGCUUGACAUGCAGUAAAAGGAUAGACACAAUGGUAAAACUGUGUGAGGUCUUCGAAUCUUUAAAUCUCAAGGUGAUUACAGCCAAUAUCACUUCUUUUUCAGGAACACUUUUGAAGACUGUCUUCAUUGAGGCUGAUGAAGAAGAGAAAGAUGUUUUGCAGAUAAAAAUUGAGACAGCAAUUUCAGCUCUGAAUGGUCCUCAAAGCCCAAUGAGUAUCUGAUUCUCAUGAAGAAACGGAAUGGUUAAAAUACCGUUUUUUUUUUCUAUUUUUGUCGACUUUUAUUAAAUAGGUCCCAAUUUUAUUUUUGUGUUUAAAUAAAUUUUAAUUUUUGUCAAUUAAAUUCAAUUAUAUCUUAAUUGGAUAAUGCCAUUCAAAUUGAUAACGUUUUACUAUACAAUUGAAAUUUUUGUACUACGUGUUGCAUUAAGAAAUCUACUAACACUAUUUUAAGUUUAAUUAAAUGUUUAAUCAUAAUUUAUUUUAAAAAAAAUAUGAUUAAACUUAAAAUAGUGUCAUGUAGGUUUAGUAAUGCAACACCUAACACAGAAAUGCCAAUUGUAUUGUGCAACGUUACCAAUUUAAAUAGUAUUACUCAAUUAGGACCUAAUUGAAUCAUUUUGAUAAAAAUAGAACCUAUUUAAGUACAAAAACAAAAUUGGAAUCUGUUUGAUAAAUGUUGACAAAAAUUGAAAC